AUGACCAACAAAGGUUUCGUUGCAUUUGUCAAAGAUUUCUACUAUGAUCCUUUUAAGUGGUCGGUUGUGAAGAGUGUUGGCUUCUUCUCAGUAGGCGUUGUUAUCGCUAGCAACUGCUCCGGUCUAGAACUGAUGCCCGCCGAUAAACCUAAUUUCGUAGUGAUUCUAACAGACGAUCAGGAUGUAGUUUUGGACGGUAUGAAACCAAUGCAAAGUGUCAAACGUUUCAUCGGAAACGAAGGAACCACGUUUACGAACUCUUACGUUACUUCACCAAUAUGCUGUCCAAGUAGAGCCAGUUUCCUAACAGGGCUUCACGUCCACAACCAUAUGACGUGGAAUAACAGUAUCAGCGGUGGUUGUUAUAGUCGUGUUUGGAGGAAAUUCGAAAAACGCACUUUCGCCACAGCACUAAAAGACGCGGGAUACAAUACGUUUUACGCGGGAAAAUAUUUAAACGAGUACGGCGUUCAUGCUUCUGGCGGCCCUGAACAAGUACCUCCAGGCUGGUCAGAGUGGCACGGACUCGUUGGGAACUCUGUGUAUUACAACUACACUAUAUCUAAUAAUGGUGUACCAACAUUUUCAACAGACUUAUAUCUUACUGAUAUUAUACGUGACCUAAGCUUGAAUUAUAUCGAGAAUCAAACUGAGUCGCGUCCUUUUCUGAUGGUUUUGGCGCCGCCCGCACCCCACCAGCCAGCGACACCAGCUGAGAGACAUCGCGGCUUCUAUGAGAACACCACAGUACUAAAGACGCCUAACUUUAAUAUAGCUGACGAUAACAAACAUUGGCUCAUAAGAAUGCCACCUUCGCCUCUCCCUGAAAAAAUGAUGCCUGAAUUAGACAGAGUUUAUAGAUCGAGGUGGGAGAGUCUAUUGGCGGUUGACGAAAUGGUAGCUGAUGUGGUUGAAUCAUUGGACUCGAAUGGCCUCUUGCAGAACACAUAUUUAAUAUUCACAUCGGAUAAUGGCUAUCAUAUUGGUCAAUUCUCGCAAGUGUAUGACAAACGGCAGCCCUACGAAGCGGAUGUCAAAGUCCCGUUGCUUAUACGCGGUCCGAACAUCCCAAAGAACUACACUGACAGCCAGCCAGUAUUAAAUAUUGAUAUAGCUCCAACUAUUAUGGCGUUAGCUGGUUUAUCACCUCCUAGGACUAUGGACGGAAGACAGAUUACAAUCGCUCAGGACAUAGAAAGAUACAUGCUGGUAGAAUACUACGGAGAGGGCAGAGACGACUCUGUAGAUCCAAGCUGCCCUUGGAAAUAUGACAGCGAACAUCUAGCGCAAUGUUAUCCGCAAUACGAUUGCAAGUGCCAAGACGCCAAGAAUAACACAUUCGCCUGUUUGAGACACAUUUCGCAAAGAUUCAACAUGAAAUACUGCAGCUUUGCAGAUUCUGAGAAUUUCACAGAAAUGUAUGACUUGAGCACAGACUUGUAUGAAAUGGAUAACAUAGUGGAUAAAGUUCUACCGUCUAUAAAACACUGGUACAAAUUAACUCUGUCCCAAAUGCUGACAUGCAAAGGAUACAAGAAUUGCGAUAACCCUUUGGAAAACCCUAAAGUUUAUGGCUGA